GGAGGAUGCUCUGUGUACAGCGAGUAUCCGCUCUAUUCCACCACCACCAGCAGGUGUCGCUGUACACUGCAUGGACCACCCUUGUGUCUAUGAAAACGGACGCCCUUGUCUGAGCGUUACCUGCUCUACGCCUCCAGGAGCCGCUCUAUACUACGGAAGUCAACUCUGUUUCUCAAACAGGUCGAGGACUGAGCGGUGCGGUGGGCUCAGUACUAUAUGCACUAGCUCGCUUUACCUGACCCGCUUUCCGGUCUCCACCAACAUGGCGCCGUGUGUUCCGCCGGAAACGAAUGGUGUCGCCAUGUUGGUGGAGGCGGAGGAAGCGUGAAAGAAGAAGAAGAAAAAAAGAAGGUGAAUAUUCGGAUGUGAAGAUGGAGGUGAGGAGAGCACAAUGUUAAGAAACGGUUUAACAAAUAAACGGCUAUAUAUGAUAUACUGUGCCGUGGGAGACCGGUAAAUGUGCCCUGGUGCCCAGUAAAACGUGAUGUAAGGCUGCAGUGCAGGGAGUGAGUAAGGGGGUGAAUGCAGGACAUUAUCCUGGCACUAUAGCAGCCUGCUAUUAUGAAAUAUCCCAAUACAACAGCACUGUGUGCGGCAGCCCUGUGUUAACACAGACACCAGUCUAACAAUGUGAGAUAAUAGAGCAAUGCUGUAACACAUGGGGGCAGAGAGCUCAUAUAGCACAGGCUGCUAACUGACCUCUGCCACUCUAGCUCUUGUCAAUUACAUUUAUUAUUAUUUUCAUUCAGCCAACUACAUUUACCCAGGUGCUCAGCCGGUUCAAACUUAUGUACAUGUUGUUGCAUGAGACAUUGCCAUCUAUUACAUCAGCUUAUUAUAGCACUGCUUGUCUGGGACACACAUUAUUAUUAUUAUUAUUAUUUAUUAAUAUGCCCCUAAUUAACUCCUACAGCUACCCCUACUUGUUUUACACCAGUGGAAAAUCCUUUUCAGCAUUUGAUAUAAGCAACACACACUCUUUUCUUUUUGUGUGCCCUGGUAUUAAACCUGAAACUCAGACCACACAACAGUUUGCUUGGCUGGCUUACAAAAGGUGACCUAGCCAGUCACAGCAUGCACCACUCAAGAAAAAACGUUUCUUAUCAGCAGAGAACAGGUUAAUUAGGUUCAUGUCACUGGCUUUUAUUGAUCCAAACUGGUUUAUUCACUAAACUCUGAAAUGCGGUUAAUCGGAAUCUAAACAGUAAAAAUGAGUUUAAAAUAGAGAAGCUGUGAUUUUUUUUUUUCAAAGUUGCAUUCCUAACACUAUAGAGCUCUCUGGUCCCCAUCUUUCACACUCCCCCUCCCCAGCAUUCAAAGGGUUAAAUAACCCUUUAUUUUCUUACCCAAUUCCAGCGCUGCAUCGGUGCUCCCCCUUCAGAUGUCAUCCGAACGGGGGGGACCUAAUGUGCAUGCGCAGCAAGCUCAUUAGGCCCUCCCAAAGGAAAGCAUUGACUCAGUGCUUCCCUAUUGGGAUUUUACUGGAGCUGGAUGUUCUCAUGAAUAGUGUAAGGAGUCCAGUGUCUGUUAGGUGACCUAAAGCCCAAUAAAAUUCCGGAAGUGCCUGUAGUGGCUGUAUUGUAGACAUUAGAGUCAGUCUUAGUACUGCAGUGUAAACAAUGUUUUACGUUGCAGGACUAAGGGAAACAGGGCAUUGCAUUCAGGCCACUUCAACCAGAUGAGUAUAGUUAAACAUGUUACUUGGAUAUUUUAUUAUAGACAUUUUACUGUUUUUAUUUAUUAAAAAGUCAGAAACCACUUUCAUCAGGGAAGAAAUUUAUAAGCCAAGUCUAAACAAUCAUGGUUAUUAAUUUAACAAUUGACUGUACUAUUCUAAACAUAAAUUACAAAGAAAAAUCAUAUCCAGACUCCAUGUUUGUCUGAGGCUUUGUACUUAUUACAAUAAUUAGACACAUUUCCAUACACAAGCCACCGAUAAACCCUGUUGUUCUUAAGAUAGGUUUCAAGAACACAAGGUUUGAUUAUGGAAGGACUUAAUCAGCCUUUGAUCAUGUAAAAUGAGUACCAUGCAAUUUAGUAAUAGCAACAUCUUUGAAUCAUCUGUCAAUUUUGUAAAGGGUGAGAUGGUAAUGUGAGUAUGUUGAUCUUCCUUCUGAGGGAAAUGCAUUUAUAUAAUUUGCUAAUUUGGUGUACAUCAGGUGCUCAGUUUUACAGAGAAUCAAGUGUUUUCUACUUUAUCACCCAUCAAUACAUGUGUUUAGUGUUUUGGAACAUGGGGGUGUAUCCAUUUAUUCAUGUAAAACAUACAUUUAGAUUUUGAUUGUUCAUAAGGAUUUUAGAGGCACACUCCAGACCCCUGAAGUACUUAAGCUUGCUUUAAAGCUUUGCGAGAAUGGUGUUUAAGUUUUUUGAAUUUUUUUUUGCUAAAAAUGCAGAUUUCAGUAGAAAUUGACACUUCUAUAAAUUAACGGUUACUCCCCCCCUCCCUGCCCCUUCCUCAUUUCCUCCUCUCUCCUGCCCUUCUCCCUGACCUGCUUUGAAGCAGACAACUGUCAGACUUCCUGGUUUGAUUAGCUCAGUGGAGCUAAACUCAAGUGGCAGCAAUUGCAAAGGCUUCUCUUUGAGCUGCAUUGGGAAGUCUGUAAUUGGACAUCUCCGGCAGGGUUAGUAGAGGGGAGGGGGCUUGCAAAGGCUGCAGACGGGAACUGGAGGCUUCGCAAGCAUUGUUUAAAGGUAUACCCAAAUGAAAAAUUGUAGAAAGAAAAUGCAUGCACUUUUUAGUUUGGGACAUAUCUACUAACAUUAUUUUUGUAUUUGAGCAGUGGAGUGACACUUUAAGCUUGUCACUUUUAUAUGUGGUGGCGUUUUUUUUUACUUUAUGUGUGAAUAAAGUGUAAUUACUACUUGCUGUGGGUUUUUUUUUUUUUUUACUUUACGUGUGAAUAAAGUGUAAUUACUUUAGUAUUUGCUGUGUUUUUUUUUUUUAAAGUUUAAUUUAUGUAAGUUGACCAUUUUUAGUUUAUUAGCUUGAUUUAUUGCUUCUCCCCAUUAUUCUAGUUUUUGUUGUGCGAGAGCCGCUGCACGCGCAUUCAGUCAGUCCAAAGGAAAGCAUUUCUCAAUGCUUUCCUAUGGACGACAGCGUCUUCUCACUGUGAUUUUCACAGUGAGAAGCGCCACUAGAGGCUGGAUUAACCCUAAUGUAAUCAUAGCAGUAUCUCUGAAACUGCUAUGUUUACAGCAGGCAGGGUUAACUCUAGAUGGACCUGGCACCCAGACCACUGCAUUGAGCUGAAGUGGUCUGGGUGCCUAUAGUGGUCCUUUAACACCCUAACCGCGAGGCACCCAAUCAUUGUAAAUCGCCGGAUAAGUGCUCCGGGAAAUCAGCGCUACCUCAUGCCAGUCAAAAUUUAUAUCGGGUGCCGUUUCCAUCACGAGCCUGGGAUCAGGGCACUAUUUUGACAGACUGGGCACUCUGGGAUGGGCUAUCCGGGGAUACCAAGUGUGUGGGGUAAAUGGUAUUUUUCAAGUUAUUUUCGGGGAUAUUCAUGUUAGGUGCCUAUAUGUCUAGGUUAAUUAACUUUGUAAUGUUUAAUCUGACCAUCUUCCAAACACACAGGGGUCACCAAGGUUUAGUUACUGACCCCAUGCUGCGGAUGUGGUAUAAAUAUAUGUAUAGAAUCCUAAUAAAGUGUCCUUGUUUUCACCCUUCAUCAAGUCUCAACUGAUGUCUGGGUGGGUUGCUAUAAUCACUGAAGACGUUGCAGGACUAGGUUGGCUGUUUAGAGGAGAUACUCAUCUGGAUUAUUUCCAAAUGCUCUAGCCAUACUUAAAGUGACACUAGUCACCAAAAUAACUUUUGUUUAAAUGACCACUAUAGUGCCAGGAAAACAAACUCGUUUUCCUGGCUCUAUAGGGUCCUUGGGUCAUUCUCAAUGCUUUCCUAUGGACGCUGGCGUCUUCUCACUGUGAAAAUCACAGUGAGAAGUGCGGAAGCGCCUCUAGCAGCUGUCAAUGAGACAACCACUAGAGGCUGGAUUAAACUAUUUGUAAACAUAGCAGUUUCUCUGAAACUGCUAUGUUUACAGCAGAAAGGGUUAAUCCUAGAUGGACCUGGUACCCAGACCACUUAAUUAAGCUGAAGUGGUCUGGGUGCCUAUAGUGGUCUGGGUGCCUAUAGUGGUCCUUUAAUGAAGCAGUUUUGGUUUGUAGAAUUCUCCUGCAGUCUCAUUGCUCAGUUCUCUGCCAUUUAGGAGUUAAAUCACUUUGUUUAUGCAGUCCUAGUCACACUUUCCUGCAUGAGAAUUACAUAGUCUUCCUAAAUACUUCCUGUAAAGAGUCAUCUAAUGUUUACACUUCCUUUUCUGCAAAUUCUUGUUAACCCCUUAAGGACUGGACUGUUUUUGCGAUGUUGUACAUUUGCGACCAGGCAUAUUUUUACACUUUUGUGGUGUUUGUGUUUGGCUGGAAUUUUCCGCUCUCUCAUUUACUGUUCCCAUACAAAUUAUAUAUAGUUUUUUUCAGGACAAAAGGGGCUUUCUUUACAUACCAUUAUUUAUAUAAUCUCAUGUAUUUUAAUUUAAAAAAAAUAAAAAAUAUGAUGAAAAAUUGAAAAAAAUACAUGUUUUUUGACUUUUACUUGAAAAAUCUUUUACUCAUCUACAAAAGCGAAUUAAAAAAACUGCUAAAUAGAUUCAAAAUUUUGUCCUGAGUUUAAAAAUACCCUGUGUUUACAUGCUUUUUUGCUUUUUUUUGCAUGUUAUAGGGCUAUAGGUACAAGUAGAAUAUUGCGGUUUCAAAACAUAAAUUUUUAAAAUUUAUCAAUAGUGACAUUGUAACACUAUUAUCUGUCAUAAAUCUCUGAAUAACACCCCACAUGUACAUAUUUUUUUUAAAGUAGACAACCCAGGGUAUUCAAUAUGGGGUAUGUCCAGUCUUUUUUAGUAGCCACUUAGUCGAAAACACUGGCCAAAGUAAGCAUUCAUAUUUGUUUGUGUGUGAAAAAAGUAAAAAAACUAAAUUGAACGCUAAUUUUAGCCAGUGUUUGUGACCAAGUGGUUACUAAAAAAGACUGGACAUACCCCAUUUGCAAUACCUUGGGUUGUCUUCUUCUGCAAAUGGUAUGCCAUCAUGGGGGUAAUUCUCAUUCCUGGGCUACCACACGCUCUCAAAGGCAACGUAACCAACCUGGCCAUUUUCAAUGUAAAAAUAUUUGACCCAUAUAUUUGACCUUCUAACUUUCAAAAAUACUAUAAAACCUGUACAUGGGGGGUACUGUUUUACUCAGGAGACUUUGCUGAACACAAAUAUUAGUGUUUAAAAACUGGAAAACGUAUCACCACAAUUAUAUCAUCAGUAAAAGUGCUGUUUGUGUGUGAAAAAUGCAAAAAAAGUCACUUUCACUGACAAUAUCAUCGCUGUGAUAUGUUUUACUGUUUUGAAUCACUAAUAUUUGUGUUCAGCGAAGUCUCCCGAGUAAAACAGUACCCCCCAUGUACAGGUUUUAGGGUGUCGUAGAACGUUACAGGGUAAAAUACAGUGCUAGCAAAUUCAAUUCUCUGGAAUUUCGGCCUGGGUUGGCAGGCAGGUCCCUUAAAUUGCAAUCAAUAAAAUUACUGAAUUAUGUAAAACUAUUACAUAAAUACGCACGUAGAAUUUAAAUAUAUAUGCAUAUUUAUAUAUUUGAAGUCUACGUGUAUAUUUAUAUAAUUAUUUAUGUAAUUUUGUAUAUGGACAUAUGUAUAUUUCUUAUUAUUUUUAUUUAUUUUUAUAUACAUAGAUAUAUAUAUACAAAUUCAUUCUAAGUGUAUUUUGAUAUUAAUAUAUAUAUAUUAAUUUUAAAAUACAGUUAGAAUAAAAUUUCAUAUAGAUAUAUAAAAAAAAUUUUUUAUUAUUAUUUUAAUUUUUUUUUUUAAUUUAAAUUACUUAUUAUUUAUAUUUUAUAAUAAUAUAUAUACAAUAUAUAUAGUUAUUAUAUAUAUAUAUAUACGUGUGUAAUUUAAUUAUAAGUGUAUUUUUAUAUUAAUAUAAGUACAUAUUAAUAUAAAAAUACACUUAGUAUGGCAUUAUAUAUAUAUAUGAUAUAUAGACAUAUAUUAUAUAGAUAUAAUAUAUGUCUAUAUAUCAUUUGUGGUCGUGGCAAUAUAGCCGUAUAUGGAAACAUAGCAUAUAAUAACAUAUCAAUAUUUGGAAUUAGUCGGUUGUGGUGUGCCGAAACCGACAGAGGAGUAGGCCUGUAAAAGUGGGCAAAAAUAAAUUAUCAUAAGACGUAAUACGUUGACCAAAACUUUAUUUAGAUAAGUCACAGAAAGCUAGUCUUAAUUCUUUAACAGGAUUGGGUAUGUAAAGAGUAUAAGCGGAAGAUUUCCAGCGUCCCAUUGUUUUGAUGAUGUGCGGAGGAAUGUGGUUAGCAGAAGCUGUAGAUGCUGCUCCUAUUCGGAAAGAAUGACCCGAAAAUUGACUAGGGUUCAAGCCGAGUCUAGUCAACAGCAGUCUUACAUAGAGCAUAAACUUUACUGUAGUUAGAACGUUAGUUAGUACCGUGCAGUUCUAGCAAAGGUUGUAAUGGUUGUUUGUGGAGUGAUAAUAGAUAAUUGUCAAAAUUUUGUACAGGGCACCAUUUGUUAUGAGUAGGGUAUAAGGGGAUCGUAACGGGAUGACCUAUGGCGCUGGUUUUUGAUUGUUUUAGCGUGAGUAGGUAAUGGUCGUUCUGUUUCGCUAAGUCCAUAGUUCUUAGGUAAUCAGGGGACGUGAUAGUCCUAGUUGUGAAUUCGUUGGGACGGAGGAAUCCAUAAAAAGCAAGAUAUAUGGCUGAUUUUAUUACCGUGUUUGUCCUGGGCUCAAAAGGAGAGGAAUCUAACAAGUUUACUAGUGCAUGAAAUAUGUGGUUAUCAAUAGUUAGUCGUUUCUCGGGGAUAUGUGUAUCUAAUUUCUUAAUGCCUCUAAGAACUGUCUUGAUUUGAUAUGAGGACAGGAAACUCGUGGCGUUGGGUUGUUGAAUUAGCAUGUGGUGUUGAAUUCCCGUAAGGUAUAGUUUUAUAGUGUUAAAUGAUAGUUUAAGGUUGAUGUGGCAAAAAGAAGUGAAACCCAAUAUUGUUUCUAUUGUGAACAUAUCGUGAAUGUGAAAUUCAGUGAUGAAUUUUUUGAAUAUGUGAAAAGCUCUGUCGUAAGUGUUUCUAGUGUUUACAGAGAGUGCCAUGUGAGAAAUGUGACGUGCGUGAUUUAACAAAGCUUUUAAUCCAUUAUCAUGUCUGUGAAAAGUGGGACUGGAGUUGCCCGUCUGGAGGCGGUGGGUAGUGUCGUGAAGAAUUCCUGAAAACGAAAUCGAGACAAGUGAUCAGCACUGAUGUUUGUGCACCCUGGAACAUGAAUACAUGUUAGAAAGAAUUGACAAGUGGCUGCUAUCCAUGUGAGUCGCCUCAAUAGCCUCAUAAUUACCAGGGAUGAUGACCGGCCUUUAUUGACAAUAUGGCAAGUAGCCAUAUUAUCAGAAUAGCACCACACCGUGUGACCGGACCACUGGUGGCCCCAGGUAACGGCCGCAGCCACGAUGGGGUACAAUUCGAAUAAAGCUGAGGUCUCUGUGAAUUUUGUGAGUGAUUUGACCUCAGUUGGCCAUGGCCCCACGAGCCAUAGGUCACCCCAUAUGGCUGCAAACCCCGUGUUUGCUGCAGCGUCUGUCCAUAUUGUGGGUGAAGUGUCUGAGUGAGAUGGUAUAAACAUGGCACGCCCAUUCCAAGAAGUGAGGAAAAUCCUCCACAUGCUCAAAUCGGAUGUCGCAUGUUUGUCUAGUGAAAUGUAAGAUGUGUCUGAGGUGAAUUGUGGAAAUAGUGAUAGCAAAUGUGAAAUAAAUGAUCUCCCCUGGGGAAUGAUUCUCAUUGCAAAAUUAAGCGAUCCCAGCAAUGAUUGUAGGUCUUUCUUAGUGCAACGACCUUGCUGUAGGUAGUGGUCAAUACUUGCCAGGAUACGCUCAAUUUUCUCCUGAGGGAGGCUGGCCUGCAUGGAAUCCAAAAUGGCGGUCUGAACCGGAAGUAACGUUUCAGACUCGCCAGACCAUUACGGUAAUGUGGGAGUGGAUUGGCAGCCUUUUUAUAGGGAAACCAAGCCCCUCCCACAACUACAGGCCAAGCCUUUUAAUAUAUACACAAAUAUAAUUUUUUUUUAUUUUUAAUUAACACUAACUUUAUUUUUUUUUUUACUGAUUUUACACAUGCAGGGAGACUGCCUGUCAGCACAGACAGUCCCCCUGCAGGCAGCACUAUGGACACCUAUUGUGACCAUGUGAUCGCUUUGUUAAGCGAUCACAUGGCCACAGGGGUCCUAAAUCAGUGUGGGGAGACUGUCUGGGCUGCAGGCAGUCUCCCCACAACCGGAGCCACGCUGAUCGCCGCCGGGGGAACGACGGCGAUCAGGUAAGUAACUAAGACCGUUAGGACGGUUCAGGACCGUCAUCGGUCCUCAAGGCAAAAAUGCCGAUGACGGUCCUGAACCGUCCUCGGUCGCUAAGGGGUUAAAGGACCACUAUAGUGCCCUGAGGGUGGCCCCACACUCAGGGUCCCCCUCCCGCCGGGCUCUAGGGGGAGGAAGGGGUUAAACUUAACUCUUUCUCCAACACUGGGCAGGGGACUCUCCUCUUCCUUUCCGCCUCCUUGGCUGAAUGCGCAUGCGCGCCAAGAGCCGCGCGCGCAUUCAGCCAGUCUCAUAGGAAAGCAUUCACAAUGCUUUCUGAUGGACGCUGGGGUCUUCUCACGGUGAUUUUCACAUUGAGAAGCGCCUCUAGUGGCUGUAUUAACCCUAAUAUAAACAUAGUUUCUCUGAAACUGCUAUGUUUAUAGAAAAAAGGGUUAAACCUAGCUGGACCAGGCACCCAGACACUUCAUUAAGCUGAAGUGGUCUGGGUGCCUAUAGUGGUCCUUUAAGUUAGAAUGUCUUAUCUCCUGCUCUGUUAAUAGCUUGCUAGACAAUGCAGGAGCUCUGUAUGAAAUUAAAGUUCAAUUAACAGAGCAGGAAAUAAAAACUUUUAAAUUACGCUUGUGGCUAUGGCUGCAUAAAUAGAAACAAAAGUAAUUUAACUCCUAAAUGGCUGAGCAUUGAGUAGUGAGACUGCAGCCGCAUUAUCUAUACACAGAAACCUCUUCUUUAAAGGACCACAAUAGGUACCCAGACCACUUCAGCUCAAUGAAGUGGUCUGGGUGCCAGGUCCAUCUAGGGUUAACCCUGCAGCUGUAAACAUAGCGGUUUACAUUAGGGUUAAUCCAGCCUCUAGUGGCUGUCUCAUUGACAGCUGCUAGAGGCGCUUCCACGCUUCUCACUGUGAUUUUCACAGUGAGAAGACGCUUGCGUCCAUAGGAAAGCAUUGAGAAAUGCUUUCCUAUGGACUGAUUGAACGCGCGCGCGGCUCUUGCGCAUUCGUUGGAAGAGGGAGGAGAGUCCCAAGCGCCGAGGGAGCCUGGCACUGGAGAAAGGUAAGCAUUUAACCCCUUAGUCCCACUAGAGCAGGGGUUCUCAACCCAGUCCUCAGGACCCCCUACGAGUCCAGGAUUUGGGGAUUACCUGGGUGUGUCUCAGGUGUUUAGAAAAAGGGAAAAAAACACCUUCUUUUUUCUAAACACCUUAGACACACCCAGGUAAUCCCUAAACCCUGGACUGGUAGGGGGUCCUGAGGACUAACGUUGAGAACCCCUGCACUAGAGCCUGUUUGUUUUCCUGGCACUAUAGUGGUCCUUUAACCCCUUAAGGACACAUGACAUGAUUCCCUUUUAUUCCAGAAGUUUGGUCCUUAAGGGGUUAAGCUAAAGUUGUUUUUGUGACUAUUUUGUACCUUUAAGGUAUGUGCUACUAACAGGGUUAUUUACUAAAGUUUGAAUUGUUGUGAACUAAUGACGGUGUUAGAUCUGCUUCAAGAAGAACAAAAGUGCCAAUUGAAUGUACAUAGGUGUUAUCGUUUAGGGCACCAAUAUUGUUUUCCUCAGCUAGAUUAGUUUUCUAUAGCGCUAAAUCUUUAGGAAGUUGCUACAUUCAAUAAAAACUGGGACCGUAUGAAUAGUGAUCCAAGAUAUUUUUCAAGAGAUUUAAGUAUUGCCAUGUUCACAAAAUAUAGACCUGCUAAAAUAGGCAAGCAUACAUAGAAUGGCAACCUGAGAUUAUGAGGGGUCUAAUUUAUGUUAAUUUAAGCACUAAUCAUGCACUGGUCAUUAUGUUCAAUAUUUUACCAUAGAUUAUGGAUACUGUUCCUUCUAAAUUCAAUUUUGUAGUUAAAACAAUGUUCUUUGUUUGGUGAAUCAUGUAUAGUUUCCAUGUUGGGAUUUCAGAUGUUUUAAACUCCCUUUCAUCAGGGAUAAGGUAGUUUGAAAUAAUUAUAAUUUAGAAGGCUGUCUUUUUUUUUGUAGGCAAUAUAAGAAAAGACAGAAAAAAAUCAGCGCUUAAAGACACUAAUAUUUUUUUUUUCUUGUUUGUUUAUUUUGUUAUCAGAUAUUUGGCUUCACAAGUCAAUUCACAACUACCCAAUUCUAUAUAUAAAACAAUCAGUGGAAGUAGAAUUGUAGUUGUAACUGCCAUUAGUUGUGGUUUACCCCUUUUUGAUCUUUAUUGAACCUGUGACAUACGAGGGGCACUGCAAUGUGGUUUUUGUGCAUUCAAGCUCCGGUUGAUCACUUGUUUUGGACGUAUUUCAAUUAAACUUGUUCUUGUUGUUAAACUAUUUUAAUAAUUAGCAUUUUGGUAUCUUUAUUUUUACAUGACAAGAGGCUUCAUAUUCUGCGUGUCUUUCUUUAAUUUAACUCCACAGCAGCAAAGACACAUAGAAAAAAACAAGAACCAAUCAGAUACAAGUAAUAUGAAUAUAAGGCACAGUGAAACCACACACUUCCUCUUUCUUUGCUGCUCCAACCACAAGACAGGUCAGAGUUCCUGCUGUCUUCACGGUCUUUGUAUUAUUGUCAGUUCGCUGUAUUUUUUACCAAUGUUUUAUUUUAUUGUUAAGGGAUAGUGUUAGUGUGGGUUCUGUUUGUGCACCUCUGUUUUACUUAUCUCUGACAGACUCUGCCUGCACACUGUGGCUUUACUGGGUCCUUUAUCUGGCAGGCUGUGCCUGCAUACUACUGGGCCUCAUUUGCUCAUUCUCUGGCAGGCUCUGCCUGCCCAUUACUGACUUUUCACUUUUCUGUCGCAGACUCUGCCUGCACACCACUGGCCCUUAAUUGCGACUCCUUUCUCUGGCAGGGCUUUGCCUGUUCACUACUAUGUUUUAUCUUUCCCUUUCCUGGCAGGCUCCACCUGCCCUAAUAUUGUCAUUUCACUUUUCUCUGGCAGGCUGCACCUGCACACUACUGGUCCUUAUUUGUCUACCCCUUUCUCUGGCAGGCUCUGCCUGUACACUACUGUGCUUUAUUUGUCCCUUUUCCAGCAGGCUCUGCCUGCCCCAUUACUGUCUUUUUUUUUUCUCUCUCUCUACUGGCCUGUUUUGGUGUGGCUUGUUUUUCUCUCCGGGUUUUUGUUUGUUUCUCUCUUCCUGGUGGGGAUAGUCUGCUGUAUUACCUUGCCAUUCGAUCUUAGGAGAUCAUUGGUGAGCCUCCAUAUUUCUUACCUGUAAUAGUGCUGCUGAGGGGAAGCUGCCUUUGCUGUCUUCUAUAUUUGGUGAAUGCCAGUUGUUUGACCACUUUUGUUAUUCAGCCUGUACUUAUUGUGCCUGAUUUUAUACUGUUGAAGAAGACCCUAAGCGCCAAAAGCCCCCAGGGUCAGAGAGUAGGUUGUCCCUCCCACAGUAUAUAAAGAUAUAUAAAAUAUUAAAAUAUAACUUUUAUUGAGUUUAUUAAAACAAUCAUAUAGCCACUGAAAAUCAAGCUUGUUUCGGCACAUAAGUGAGGGUUACCCCCUAUAGAUUUGUCCACAGACACACGACUAGUUCCCCCUAGGGGUGACCAGUUUUCUUUACUGAUUUUAUACUGUCAAACUGUCUGUACACUUUGGUCCAUACUUUGGGCACCUGGUCCCACGUGACCUACUGCCCUUAGUGACUAAUGGGAAAUUGUUGUGGUCUGUCUGCCUACAUACUUGUUGACCAUGUGGUACUUUGUAUAUUGGGUGAGCCCCAGUGGCCUGUAAUUGUGAUUGACUAUGAAGGAUUCCCAAAACCCUCCGGGACAUUUCCAGGCCAUGAUCAAUGCAAUGGUGGCUGCAUCGGUAGAAUGCCACUUUUCAAAAGUUUCCUCUACUACCAAGUGUAGUAUUCCUACAUUCGUCCUUACAGACUUGUAUUGGUCACUACUCUAGCCAGGUGGAUUAGUUGGCUCCUGUCCCUGGUGGAUGUUAAAUCUUCAUUCGGGCCUAUUUUCUCUUACCUCAAUCGUUAAAAAUGCAAAAUAUGUUGCCUCCUGUCAUGGUGUAAAAUUUAAUAUAAUGCUAGUUUAGUACUAAUAAUCUAAAUUUUUGGAAUGACAGGAGGCGAGUAUUUUCCCAACAUUCUCUCCCCCCCCUUCUUUGUUUUUACUGUUUGUCUUUUUGAUGGAGGUUUCUGUUGUUGGGGUGUUUUUAUUGUGAGUUCAUUAUUUGAUUUUGGUAUUUUUAUAUGGCAUUCGUCCUGUUUUGCAUAUUGUUAUCGAAGGGAUAUUGUCUAUACUGCUAUGAUUCAAGUAUUUGAAAUUCAUCGAUUGCUUGCAUUAUAUCAUUGUUUCAUACGAUUAUUUCUGUAUGACUAAGCCUAUUACACCUUUUCUCUUCAGUUUAAUUAAUUUCUGGGGACGCGUUUGCUGUUCUGAUCUGGUGGGCUUCCCCGUUCUAUGCUGAUUCUGCAAGUUUUUUUGCCUGUUCAAGGUUUUCUCUGUUUUACCUGUGAUUUUGCAUAGAGAAAGAGGAAGUACUUGGUUUCACUAUGCCUUAUAUUUAUAUUACUUGUUUCUGAUUGGCUCUUGUUUCUUCUUUGCUUGUUUGCUGCUAUGGAGUUACAAAGAAAAAUAUGCAAAAUACUCGCCUUGUCUUAUUACUAAAAUAUAAGAUCAUUAUUACACUAAAACUAGCUUGACCUUCAAUUGUGUGCUAUUUAGAGAGCUCAUAUCACACUCCUGUACAUAGUUCUUCAUGUCUUCACUGGUCUGGAUCAUUUUGAUGGUGGAACGGAUCUCAUGGUCAUCACAUGAUGUAAACAGGGGCUGUGGUCUAUCCUAUGACCUCGAAACUCUAGAGUUAGUUUCCUCCGAGCUUCUGUAUGGGCAAAGCAAAGUUAGCGACAGUUACUCGACUAUAAGGUAUGGCAAUUUAUUCUGAUUUGUUGGUUGAUAUUAAGUGACCAUUAAGGCGCAAUUUUAUAUUAAUACAACACGCUAAAAAAAUACAUAGGAUGACUUAGUAUUUAUAUUUUGGUGUGUGAUUUAUUGCAACUCUUACCUGCAUAAAAUGCUGCAUUCUUUUAGUGAACAUUGUCUCUUCUAACUUACAGUUUCCGGGAGGCAGUGACAGUUACCUGACCAUCACUGGAUCUGGUCACCCCUUCCUGACUGGGACAGAGGUGAGUAGUAACAACAUCUUAGUUUAUUUUAUUUUUUUACAAAUGUGUGGCACUAUCUGAGACACCUAAAAGUCUUCUUUUUUUUUUUUUUCCUCCUUCUUCUUCUGUCUAGACAUUUCACACACCUAGCUUGGGUGAUGAAGAGUUUGAAAUCCCACCCAUUACUCUAGAUUCUGAUCCUUCUCUGGCUGUCUCUGAUGUUGUUGGGCAUUUUGAUGACCUUGGAGAUCCUUCAGUUCAGGAUAGUAGCUUUGCUGCACAAUAUGGGGUACAGACUCUGGACAUGCCAGUGGAGAUGACCCACGAGGUGAUGGAGCAGGCAGGAGGGCUGCUUGGAGCUGGACUUGCCAUGGUAAAAAAAUAUUUUUAUUUGUGGCAUAUGCAUGAAAACUGGCUCUCUUAAACUAUGAUUUAUUUAUCAGAGACCAUGUUCUUAUGGUCUAUUUUUUACCAUUGGAGAGCCAUAUAUCACCUUUUCAAGUGACAUUUCCAUAACUAAGACUGGCCAACUACUUUCGUUAUGUUGUUCUGACAUAAAGCUGUAAAAGAUAUGUCACAGCAUUUAAUAUUCAUAUUAAUAAGAAAACAAGUUGCAUCUGCACUAUUGUAUUAAUUUUAAUGGACAUGGCACAUGUGAAUCUAUUGGUUUAAAAAUAUAUAAACGUGUAUUUUGUGAGUUAAAACUUCACAUUCCCGAAUUAUUCACUAAAGAUUGAAUUGUAGGGUGAUCAACGUGAAUUUUAAAUUUAAAGCCAUGAUAUCUGAAAUGAAGAGCGAAAAUAUGGAAAAUAUUUUCAAUUCAUCUGUUUUGCAUAAAAUUAGAAUUCACUUUUGAAGUCAUAUUGAUUGAUCACUACUGAGCAAACCUGAUGUUAAUGAUUGUUAAUUAGUAACACUAAUGGAUAUUGAACAAACCUAAUAUUAAUUAAGUAAAUUGGUGUUAGUCCCACAAGCAUGUCACAAAACACAGGCCUGGAUGUGUCGCAGAUGAAUUCAGGCAUAAGCCAUAAGAUGACACAGCAUGAGUUGAAAGGGUCAGGCUAAGUGCAGGACCUGGAACAUGCCCAAAGAGAUAAAGUAUAGCAUGAAACUAACAACCAAUCAUUUUAUAAGAUAGUAUAGUGUUAGAAGAUAGAUAAGAGAUAAGCUAACUGCACAGACCUGGCAUGAGGCCUUUGGUGGGCCUUUCCGGCCUGGCCAGCUGCCAGUCCCACCUAAUGCAUGUGACAAGUCUGCUGGGCUGCACUGAUAAGAGAAUCUAAGGUGGACCAGUACAGACUGCCCACCCUUUGACUAGGUAUAAAAGAUGAGAUAACUUGGCACUCAGGCGGGAGCUUACUUGUCUGCAUCACAGACGCGUGGUCCAGUUCUUUGCUGUUUCCCAGCGGAGAAAGUCCCUCCAGCCUGACUGCCUGAGUUUCCCCAGUCGUGUGUGGCAGAGUGACAACAAACUUCUCCUAUGGUGAUGUAUUUUAAACGGAUACUUAAGCUGUUAUCGAUAUAUUAAGCUGAUCAUUUAAGCUGAAUGCAUGCACCAUUUAUAAUCAAUAGAUGCGUCUUAAGAUUAGAGUGAUUUGUAUUCCAGUGUAUACAUUAAAGUAUGAUGUUAAUUCUUACAUACUACUUGGUCUUUGUGUGGUAUCAUUUGCCUAUUACUCAACCUCCUCAUCACGAAUUGGGCAGUGUGCCCCUCAGACCUUAUUAGGUACUGAUGAUCAUUAAUUUGAUGAUUUGGCACAACACUUUGACGUAGUUGGCAGGAUGAUAUUGGUUGAAUUAGGGGAUGUUAAAUCUGUAAUAAAAUAACUUUUUACCGGUAAAAGAAUAGGUUUGUGUGAGAUUAAAAUCUGUUUGAUGCUUCAGCAUAGCUUCUGAGCAAAAAGUGAAAGUAACUUAGAAGUGAAACUAAUUUAGUACGCUGCUAAUUUCUGCUGAGUGACAGAGGAAAAUAAGUGUUCAAAAGCUGCUGCUUGUCCGCUUGCUGAUAAGCGAAACGUUCUGUUGUCAGUUUUUCCUUCUCAUUCUCUGCUGAAAAUAUUUCAUGUGUGCACACUAUAUACAUAUACUGUAUUAUAUAUGUUUUUGUUUGCAUUGAAAAAAUCUAAGCAGUUUAAAAAAAAAAAAAAAAAAAUCUGUUUCACAUUGUGCAACCAUGUAUUGGAUGUUUGGUGUGAAUGAGCGUAUUUGUGCUCGUUUGGUAGAUGCACCUAUACUCUACGGAAGGCUGUAGAAAGCCAGUGCCGAACAGGGAAAGAUAACCUUAAGCUAGGAUAGUUGCCUGGAUAAGCCCAGGCACCUGGAUAAGCACCAUAGCGUGAGUAAUCGUGGUAACCAUAAGCCAGGGUAGUUGUCUGGAUAAGGUGUGACUACUCUGUUAAGUAAUAAGCCAGGUAUUAGCUGUCUGGAUAAGUACACACUCAAGUGAACAUAGUAAAAACACAUAACACAUCCAUAUACAAGUGUGCAUGAUUCUCCUGUGAGGGUAUUCCAAUUGCACAAUGUUUAAAAAGAAUAAGAAACAAAGAGGACAGUGAUACCAUCGUCCCAGGCUAGGAACAUGAACCAUAUGCAUUGAUUGCAAGUGAAUGGACCCGCUCCUCGGGCAAGUGUGAAAAUAACAAUGAAUGCAUGAAAGCUGAAACACCUGCUAAUCUGCUUGCUUGUAUGAAAGAAAUACCAAAGGUUAAAGGGCAGAAACGAACUUGGGUUAUACUCACUGCAUACAGACAUGCUCAUAAGGAUAGAGACAUGUUGCAAAAUGAGAAUAAACAGUUCACCGAUAAACUGAAUUUGUAUCAACAUAUAGCUGCAAAAUCCAUAGUAAGGAUAGCCCAGUAUAAAGUUAAAAGACAAAUUGGAAAGUGAGCAAGAAAAAAGUUAGGGUAUUCCUCACCCAAGCUGGAUAUGAGUUUGAUCCAGAAGCUUGGGAUGGCAAUAUUUGGAGUACCUCGGACGAAGAGUCUGAGACAGGGGUCAAUGCCUUGCCUGGUCAGAAGAAAAUUAGAGUACACUGACCUAGGACAAGUCGGGAGGACCUCUAUGGAAGAUUAUACACAACAAGAUAUAGCUGACAUUCUGUCCACCUUCCGACAGCUGCCAAGGGAACUGCUGGACGAGUGGGUGCUCUGAUUAAGUGAACCAGGGGAUGCCACUGACUCACCAAAAUUAGCAAACAUCAAGGAGGAUCAAAGCAUCAGGAGGAUGAUGCUAAAUAGGCCUCCCCCAGUUGAUGGGACACCUUCUACGCUCACCCUCCAGGAGCUUGUACAAAUAGGAUUGAAAUUACGUUAUCCCUCUGUCAGUGACUGGCCAGACAAUGACAAGCCCUGGUACGGAUUCACAGGCGCAGUUAAGAAACUAAAACAAGAAAUGGUGAGGCAGGCUACACAGAACUCUCAUCAACUAGAUAGGCUGAUGGAAAUGCCUGUCACAGUCCAGAUGAGGAAUAAAAUUAUGAAAACUGCCCCUCCAGCUUAUAAGCAGGUAAUAAUGACUCUGCUGAUAAGUCAGAGAGGAAACUCUCUGCAGAUAGUGGCGGAAGCCAUUAUGCAGUUAGGGGAACUGGGAGAUUAGGCUCCCAGGGUUCUGAGAGAUAGGACAGAUUCAACAGGCUAUAGACCACCCCGUGAAGCACCCAGGAUGGGUAAUCCUGGAACAGCAGAUCAAAUAAGUAGAAAGGAAAUGUUCCUAGCCCUCCACAGGGAAGGGGUAAGCAGGGAACAAAUUGAUGAGAAAGACACCCCAAUGUUGUGGAGGAUGUACAAACAAAAAGGAUUACAUAAAAAGGGAGCAAAGGUAAACAAACCGCAUAAAUGCCAUGGUGAUGGCCCAAGAAACCACCAUCUUUUCCUCCUGUGGCACCCUCAGUGCCACCACACCCUUCUGUAAUACCUACAGCGCCCCCAUUGCAAGACCCUGUGGUAAUACCCUUACCCGCCUUGGUAGGGGUUGAGAUUUACCAAAACUUUAAAAAGCUAAAUGAAAUAGCAAAAGCCAUGCGGGACCUGAGGGAAAUACUAGAGGCACAGGAAUCAGAGAAGAGCAUUACUCCUCUUUAUCCUAAUCUUGAUAGAGAAUUAGGAUUGGCACAAACCCAGGUGAGAGAAAACAGUUACUCUCAGAGGGAAUUGCCCCACCUUGAAGAUCUAGAUGAAAUCCUAGAAGGGCUAAUGCCCACUGGAGAGUUGGCACCUCCUAGUUCCCAUGAGGCCAGUUCACCCUGUAAUAAGUGAGCUCCAGAAAUAAGAUUGGCACAUAAAGAUUGCAGGCCCCAUGUAAAUGUGAAAAUAUAUUGGAAAAAUAAAAAUGUUCAAAGGGUUACUAGUAGACACCCCGAGCCGAAGCCACGUUAAUUUAUGGGAAUCCAAAGAAAAUCAUAGGAAUGCUCUUUGUGAAUAUUGGACUUUAGGGUAAAAGAGCAGUCCAGACUUGGUUAGAAAUGAAAAUUGGGCAGUUGCCUAAGAAAAAGUAUUAGAUUUUGGUAGUCCCAAUCCCUGAAUACAUAAUUGGCAUUGAUAUCUUGAAGGGAUUAACCCUAUAUUUGGGGGGAUGCUUUUAUAGCUUUGGGACUAAACCAUAUAUAUCAGCUAGACCAGUGGUUGUAGGAAAACUUGUAAUGCCUCCUGUACAACUACCACCCGCCACAAAAGUGACGCAUAUGAAACAAUAUCAAAUACCAGGAGGGCACAAAGAGAUAGGAGAAACAAUUGAUUUACACAAUAACUUUAAUUGAAAACAUACAGAAACAUCCAGGGAUCUGGUAUGCUGUAAUAGAUUUGGCCAAUGCCUUCUUCACUAUUCCAAUAGCUGAAGAAAACCAAGAGCAAUUUGCCUUUACAUGGCUAGGGAGUCAAUAUACCUUUACUAGGUUACCUCAAGGAUAUUUACAUAUUCUACCACCUGUCACCGGCUGGUGGCAGAACAUCUGGAUUAAGUAAAAACCGUCUGGAGUGAAAAUAUCUCACUACAUAGACGAUAUUAUGAUACAGGGAGAAACCAAACAAAAGUCUCAGGAGGUGCUAGAAGAAAUAAUAGAGCAUAAGUAGAGGUUGGAAAAUCAACCCAGGCAAAGUGCAGUGACCUGCACAAACAGUGAAAUUCCUGGAUAUACAGUGAAACAAAGAGCAUAGGGAGAUACUCCCCAAGGCCAAACAAAAGAUAUUGGAAUUUCACACUCCCAAAAAUAAGAAGCAAGCCCAGGGUUUCAUAGGGCUCUUUGGAUUUUGGAGACAGCACAUACCACACCUAAGUCAACUGCUGUCCCCUUUAUACAAAGUUACAAGGAAAAAAUAUGAUUUUGAGUAAAGAAAGGAGCAACAAGAUGCGUUCAAAGGAGCCAAACCUUCCAUUCAACAAGCCUUGGAUCUAUGGCCCGUACAAGAUGGGGAUAUAGAUCUGAAUGUAUCAGUUAAUAACCAAUGGGCAAAUUGGAGCCUUUGGCAAAAACAAGGAAGGGCAAAAUUUCCUCUUGUAUUUUGGACUACGAAGUUGCCUGAAACAGGAGACAGGUAUACACCUUUUGAAAAACCGCUUUUGGCUUGUUACUGGGCUCUAGUGGACACAGAGCAAAUUACAGUGGGACACACAGUGUUCCUACGUCCAGAGAUACCCAUAAUGCAAUGGGCUAUGAGCUCUCCUAAAACCCACAGGAUAGGGCAUGCGCAAGAAUCAAGUAUCAUUAAGUGGAAAUGGUACAUUCUGGACAGCGCAAAAAUAGGUCCUAGUGGCAUAGCUGUGCUACAUGAGAAGGUUGUGGAUGCACCUAUUCAAGAACCUGGAUAUUUGCCAAUGCCAGAAAAACCGAGAGAAUCGCCAGUAAAAUGGGGAAAGCCUUUAACUCAGUUGUCCCAGGACCAGGCUACGCAUGCGUGGUUCACAGAUGGCUCAGCAAAAUAUGUUGGAAACACCAGACAAUGGAAAGCAGUGUCUUAUUUUUUUUUUAUUCUUUAUUUUAUUUGUGCAUCGGUUAAACAAGCAGGUUUGCACUGCCACAACAUCUGGUGCAAACUGAUAGUAUAACAUUUAUGUGGCUACGAAAACAUUGCACAUUUUAUUUAUAAGAAUAAGCAAGAUUAGACUAAAAUCCUUAAUCUGAAGGAGGACGAUAUCUCUCACUAGGCAUACAUAAAACUUAUACAUAAAACAAAAACUUAACAUAGCAUCAAGGUGAGACACUGCACAGACUUAGCCUACCACUCAUCCUCUCUAGGCUAUAUUAAGAUGCUAUCAGCCUAGGUGAUACAAGUGAACCCUAGCCAAGUCAGCUAAGCUAAGCAGAAAACCAUCCUCUUGCUAUCAUGUGACCUGAUAACAGAAAAUUACAGCCUAUUUUCCUUCUUUUGUGUUGUUGGUGUUAAAGAUAAAUAAAUAGGGAAGUAAGUGUGUGAUAGGCCUGUCUGUUUGAGUAAGUGGUCUCAACAUUUAUUCUAAGUUAUUGGUUAUUUUAUUUAUUUCUUGCGUCCAAAUGCACUGGGUUUAACAUCAUAGGACAAUAACAGGGUUAAUAGAGGUAGACAAUUGGGGCCAGGGUUCUUGCAUUUAUAUAGGGAUUUAUUUAUAUGCUAGUGUUGGGUAGGAAGGUCUGUCUGUAUGGUCUUAGAUGUGGGUAGGUAGCUGCAUACCCUCUGAUUAGGAAUGGGUUGACUCUCUGUUAAGAACUUAGGAACCUGGGCUUUGGUCCUGUGCCGGACUGCCGGUGUUCUUAACCUGGAGAAAUGUUGAUCGGCUGUAAAUUUAAUGCUAUUGGGGUAAGUGGUAAUCGGUAGUAUAUAGGUGGUUUACAAGCCUGCCAUCAAGGUACGGUAAUUAAGAGAGGGUGGUAAACUGCCAUGUUGGGCCUUACAGAUUAAUAAUAUGUUUGGCGCUCAUUAACCCCUGAGCACCAAAAGAGGGGGUGGGGUACGUUGAGCUGCAGUAGAGGUAAAUGUAUUGCUGUCUUACUAUAAAGGCGUUGUAACUAAUAAAAUUAACUCAGAACAGUAACUUGAUAUGAAAAUAAAAGAUAAAGUGAACAUAUGCCAGAUAGGGUCUUAGAGUCCGGUGGACCCACAACCGAGUGGCUUGAUCCUGUCCAGGAGUGUCCCUGUGGCUUCAGCCUGUGUCAGCAGUGGAGCGGGGGACAAAGGGGACUAUGUUGGGUACGUCCCAGAAGCUGCCAGGAGUGGGAUUGUUGGAGUCUGGUUUAUCCAGUCCCAGUUUGCCGAGGAAGGAACCGGAAUCUUCUGUCAACGUCAGUCGGAAAGUGGUCGCUACCUUUGUGACUAUGAGCAUCAAUGGUCCCCAUCGGUAUUUGACUGCAACCGCUUUGAGGGUCGCGGUGACUCGCUGGACAGAAUGUCUCCAGGUCAGAGUAGCUCUGCAAAGGUCUUGCAGAAAUGUGAGCUGCAUGCUCUCAAAUUGGUAGGGGCUCCUGAUUUUUGCGCGUUGCCGUAACCGCCAUUUUGUCCCAAGUGGAUUGAAAGCUCGGGAGAACAUCGCGGGAGGCCUCUGCCGGAGCUCUUGGAGAUUUGGGGAGUUUGUGGGCACCUUUCAUUUGAGUACUCUUCGCCUGCUUGGGGUUGAGUAGUGUGGUUGGUAGACGUCGGAUGAAUUGAGGCAAUUCAUGGUCAUUGAUAGAUUCGGCAAUGCCUCUGAUUUUUAUGUUGGUGCGGCGUCUAGUCCAUCCAUCUGGGCCUGUAGUGCUUGGUGUGAGGACUGGAGGAGUAGUAGCUUCUCCUCCAUUGCUUGAUGGCGUUAUGCCAUGGAGGUGAUGUCCUCUUUGGUGGCCCUCACCCUGUCUGUGACAGUGGUCACCUCCUCCUGCAGAACUGCUAUAUCUGUGCGGAACAGGGUGCGCAGAUUCUUUAGCAUGUUCAGGAUAUCUCCUUUGGUAGCCGGAGCUCUCAGAUCUCAGAGUGGUAGGUUCAAUAGGGGAUCACCAGGCUCUGGUAUGGGGUCCGGAGCAUCCAGUGUUUCCUCCUCUGAGGAUAAACUUUGGGUAUCCGGGGUCGCCGCCAUUUUAGGUUUAGGCCUUGACAGGAAAAGACCGCCGAUUUUCCGGGAUCCGUCCUCUGGGUGAGUUUUUUUUUUUUUUUUUAUUUUGUUUCCCCGUGUUGUCACCAGGUGUAGGAGCCAGAAAAUAGUCGGGUUGUCGUCUGGUGGAUCUAUCAAUCUGCAUUUAUUGCUGCUAUAACUCCGAAAGCAGUGUCUUUUAACCCUAAAACAAAAAGGAUGGAUGUGUCGCAGAUGAAUUCAGGCAUAAGUCAUAAGAUGACACAGCAUGAGUUGACAGGGUCAGGCUAAGUGCAGGACCUGGAAUAUGCCCAAAGAGAUAAAGUAUAGCAUGAAACUAACAACCAAUCAUUUUAUAAGAUAGUAUAGUGUUAGAAGAUAGAUAAGAGAUAAGCUAACCGCACAGACAUGGCAUGACGCCUUUGGUGGGCCUUGACUGCCUGGCCAGCUGCCAAUCCCAUCCAACGUGACAAGUCUUUGCUGGGCUGCACUGAUAAGAGAAUCUAAGGUGGACCAGUACAGACUGCCCACCCUUUGAAAAGGUAUAAAAGACGAGGUAACUAGGCACUCAGGAGGGAGCUACAUAUCUGCAUCACGGACGCGUGGUCCAGGUCUUUGCAGUUUCCCAGCGGAGAAAGUCCCACCAGCCUGACUGCCUGAGUUCCCCCAGUCGUAUGUAGCAGAGUGACAACGAACUUCUCCUAUGGUGAUGUAUUUUAAGCGGAUACUUAAAGGAUCAUUAUAGGAUCAGGAACACAAACAUGUAUUCCUGACCCUAUCGUGAAAACCCACCAUUUAGGUGGCUUGCGCCGCCCCCUCUGAAUGGGUUAAAACUCUCCUUAUUUCCAGCUCUCCACGGGUCUGCCGGCGCUGGCCCCACCCCCUUGGUGACAACAUCAAAAUUGCCCAUGGGGAAAGCAUUGGAUUGGCUAAAAUCAGAAAGGGGGCGGGACCAAACGCUGUUUUGGCUAAUCAGCACCUCCUUAUAGAGAUGCAUUGAAUCAGUGCAUCUCUAUGAGGAAAAUUCAGUGGGGACGCUGAACGACAGGGCUGCCUACUGUGCAGCACUGAGCCAGGAAGCACCUCCAAUGGCCAUCUAAGGAGUGGCCACUUUGAGGUGUCCCUAGGGGCAAUGUAAACACUGCCUUUUCUCUGAAAAGGUAGUGUUUGCAUAAAAGUGCCUGAAGGGAGCUAUUAUACUCACCAGAUCAACUAGAUUAAGCUGUAGUUGUUAUGGUGACUAUAGUGUCCCUUUAUGAUGAUAUCGAUAUAUUAAGCUGAUUGAUCAUUUAAGCUGAAAGCAUGCACAAUUUAUUAUCAAUAGAUGCAUUUUAAGAUUAGAGUGAUUUGGAUUCCAGUGUAUACAAUAAAGUAAUUGUUAUAAUAAUAAUGAUGUUAAUUCUUACAUACUAAUUGGUCUUGGUGUGAUUUCAUUUGCCUAUUACUCAACCUCCUCAUCAUGAAUUGGGCAGCGUGCUCGUCUGUAUUAUUACAGACCUUAUUAGGUACUGAUGAUCACGAAUUUGGUGAUUUGGCAUAACAACUUUAAAUAAUUGUUAAGUUCUCAGCAAUUAACACUAUACUUAAUAAUUCUGCUGGCAUUACACUUUAUCUCCUUGUGUGUAUAAACAAUAAACUUGGCUUCCCUGUGUAUUUCCAUUCCUUGCUAGAUAAGAAAAGGCAACACCGCAUGAGUAGCAAAUUGUAAGGUUUUUUUCCCAUGGGAAAGGAUGCAUUAUUUGCAUUCUUUUAGGCACUCACGUAGUAUUUCAAUUAAAAUACAAUUUGUAUGUAAUGCUUACUGUUACAGGAUCUGGAUCACCCAAUUGUCACCACGUACAGUGCCAACCCCCCAGUUACCAUCGAUGUGUCGAUGACAGACAUUUCCUCUGGUCUCCUGUCUCAUAGUCAGCUUACUACCAUUGAUCAGUCAGAGCUCAGCUCUCAACUCGGUCUCAGUCUUGGUGGGGGGACUAUCCUGCCUCCUGUCCAGUCUCCUGAGGAUCACCUCUCUCCCACCCCUUCACCAAACAGCUCUUUACAUGAUGAGGACAUGGAAGACUUCAGAAGGGUGAGUGAACUAAAAUGCUUAUCUUGUUUCAUAUUGAAGUCUUGUACCCACACCUUUUUUUUUGCAUAUAAUUUAUUUUCGGUUUUGUUUUUGUGUCUUUCUCGUACAGAUAACAGCACCCAAGAAUAUUAUCGUAGAGCAGACAAAAAAGCAAAAAACUCCAAAAGGCAAGAAAAAGAAGAAAGAUCCUAAUGAACCUCAAAAACCUCUCUCUGCAUAUGCCCUUUUUUUCCGUGACACCCAGGCUGCCAUUAAGGGUCAGAACCCCAAUGCCACCUUCGGUGAAGUGUCCAAAAUUGUGGCUUCUAUGUGGGACAGUCUUGGAGAGGAGCAGAAACAGGUAAUUUUGUAGGUGGAAAUAUAUUUGUAAUAUUUCUACUUGCCAGCUUUGAGGACAGGUUUUUUUUGUAACAGAAGUAUGUCGUAAAUCUGAUGUUUUCAACAAUUACUGUUUUAUUAUUGCUUCAUCAAUUGUGGAUGAAUCAUUAUACCAUAGUUUUCUCUGCUCACUUGCAGGUGUGCAAGCAAAGGAUACACUACAUAUCCUUAUAUAGUAACAUUGUAUUUAAAAUUAUAAUUUAGGCAAUCACCAUUAAUAUGUAUUUUUAUUUGGCAUUAUACCAGUUUUAAGCUAUACAACUUCUAAUGUUCUGUAUAAAUGUGUUUUCACAGGUUUACAAGAGAAAAACGGAAGCAGCUAAAAAAGAAUAUCUAAAGGCAUUGGCACUUUAUAAAGAAAACCAGAUGUCACAGGUAAUAUAAAUUGAUUUGGAAUACGACAUAACUUAAUGGGACAGUAUAAAUUCCAUAGUCAGUUAAGUAUAUUGUAGUGGUUAUGGCGCAUUCUUUCCCCUGUUUUCUGUCAAACUGAUUUUUUGAGCAGAGAAAAAAAAAUGGGCUAUACUCACACCCAAAACUACACUACUUCUGCAUUAUAUGUCAAAAGCCAUACACCUUUGGGUUUUGGGACUGUAAGGGCAUGUUGAAAGCCUACUAUUUCUGUCCAGGGCUAUACAAUAACUGUAGUGGUUAUGGUUCUUAGAGCACUCCGUAUUGAUUUACCAAAAUCUAAUGCGGUAAGUGUGACUUUUGUCUGCAAGUCCAGGAAAAAGAUAACCUAUUUGCAUGCAAAUGGCAACUGUUAAAAACAUUUUCAGAAAAGUUGAAACUGUUAACAUUUUAAACUGGAAUUGUCACUUUGUAAUUUACACCAUUAAAUAAAACCUUUAAAAUCCCUAUAAUGUGAGUUACUUUUUUCAUGAGAUGCUCAGGAUUUAGCAUAUUACAUGGUAAUCCAGUUCAGCCAGGGCAAACAAUGCAGAUGAAGAGGAGAAAUAGAAACACGUUCAUUUUUCCUCUUCUCUGAAUGCUUUCUCUGUGCUGGGAACAAAGCUUGUAACAAUAAUUGACAAGGAGCUAUAAUGGAGGCGGCAAGCAGCAGAAUACAACUGUGUGAGUUUCUGAAUUUCGUUAAUUUUAUUUUUCACACCUCACAAAUACAUAUUUGUUAAAUAUUACCCUUUAAGAAUGAAAUAGUCUCUCAUUAAUUUCAGUGCUUAAAACCAUCUUAAAUUUUGAAUAGUCAUUUUGGUUUUCUUUUUUCAUGUUCUACACAAAGAGGCUUUAAUUAAUAAAGAUAACUAUUGAUUUAGUAGCUUAAUUAUUUCUCUUAAGAUCACGUUGUACUUUUUUUGUUUUUUUUGUUCUGGCCUUUAAAAUUAUAUUCUUGGCCCUUAGUGUAUAGGGAUAUAUGUUCUAUAAUUCAUUAAGGAUUAACAAUUAUUUCUCUAUAUGUUUACUUCUGAAUACACCUGUAAUGAUAUGUUUCUUGUGUGCUGAUGACUUCAAUUAUUUACCCACAGGUUGUUGUUGACACAGUGGAGUUAGACCCUCCAGUUGCACAAGGCAUGCUAUCGGAAUCCCCAGUACAUUCCCCGUCUGUAGUGACUGUCUCCAGCAUCCAACAGUGUGUGUCUUCUCCAGCAUCUACCCAAUCACCUGCCCCUACCCUUCCUCCUGCAGCCACUCCGCCUCCUCAAGCAUCUACCAUCACUCAACCAACAAUCGCAAAAAUAAUAAUAUCCAAGCAGAUGCUUCAAGCCGGACAAAUUCCCACCUCUAUUUCCAUGUCUCAGGGAAUGGUAACGGUCAUCCCGGCUACUGUGGUUACGUCUCGUGGACUUCCUUUACACCAGCUACAACCCAGCCCACAAGCCCAGAGGGUAACACGCUCAGUAUUGCAGGCAGCAAUGCAGCUACCUCCACGUCUACACCCACCACCAUUGCAGCAAAUGCAGCAACCUCCACGGCUCCAGCAUAUGGCUCCUGCACAACAACCUUCAAUUACCAUCUUGCAGUCACCUCCUCCUCUGCAACCCAUGCAAAAAGUGCGACAUCAGCCUCCUCCUCUACAGAUAAAGAUUAUUCCCCCUCCUUUGCAGCCCCAACCACAGGCUGUUCACGUUCAGGAGCAAAGCAUACCAGUUAUCAGUGUGCCUCAUUCUCCUGAUGCACCCACCUCACCCCCUGAACAACUGGAGCUUGUGUCAGAGGUAGUGCAAGAAGUAAGUGUUCUCUAAAAAGUUAAAUACCACAGUGAAUGGAAUAUUAAAAACAAAGUUUUUUGAUAAAAAGAUUACUGCAGUAAUGAUGGUAAUUAGUUAAAAUCCAGGCUGUUUAUGUGCUUCAUCUUUAAAUGUCUAAGUUAGCUUGUAGUUCUUAAUUAAUACUACGCAAUCGUCUUAAGAUGACCCCAUUAUUAGGUAAAUGCACACAGUUACAAAUAUGAAGUUAUUGCAAUAACUGCAAUUCAGGAAGGCAUUUGAUACUGAGAUCUGUCCUUAUAUUCUUGUAAGGAAGGUGUAAAACACUUAAUUUAGCAGUGUAGGUUAGACCAUAAAGAGAGAAAAAAAAGGUUUGCUCACUUAACAGUGAGAUUUUGUUCUUUUGAAACUGUCAUUUAACAAGAAUAUCAACUCACAACAAUUCCACUAUGUAGUGAAUAAAUCCAUAAUCCCUUUGGUGCGAUCAAUAUCGCUACCAGGGCAAGAUGAAAUACUUUAAUUUAAAGACUAAUAAUUUUUUGGGGAAAAUUAUGUGAUUAAGAGACACUCUAAUGUUAACAUUUUUUUUUUUUAUCCUUUUCAGGAAUCUCCACUAACUCAAAUGGAUGUGGAGCUGGUGAGUGGCUCUCCUCCCCGCAGCCCUUCCCCUCAGCAACGAUGUGUCCGAUCAGGUUGUGAAAAUCCUCCAGUGGAAAGUAAAGAUUGGGACAAUGAGUAUUGUAGCAGCGAGUGUGUAGUCAAACAUUGCAAGUAAGUACAUUAAACGGUUGUAUGAAACAUUGUUUGCCAUGUGCCAGGGCUAAGCACUGGAAAUGAAAAUGUAACUAAAACAGAGCAUUUUUGACUACUGUAAUCCAUAACUUUAUUCUGACCUGUCCAUCCACUACUUGACUCACCUGAUCACCAAUUCCUCUUACCCUGACUAAUCUUGCCAGUUCCUCUUGUAUUAUCUUAUUAUUAUUAAAUGGUUACUCCAGGUGACCUGACUACUUUAAUGAUUUGAAGUGGUCAUGUUGCCUGGAGUCUGUAUGUGCAGUAUUUUGCUAAGUAACCAUUUGCAUACUAUGUUUAACACUGCAGCUGCCACCACUGGUCUAACUUCACCUCUGGCAGCAUCACUGGGAUACCAUCCAUCAGCCUGGAACUCUAGCUCAAAUUUCAAUACAUAGAAUCUAAUACAAUGGCUUAGAGUCGUCAGCUGACGCUUUAAUUAAAUGGUUUGCCCUAUUACUGGGGAAAAGUAGGCUAUAGUGGUUAUGAUGGGUGGAGUAACCCUUGCUUUAAUGUUGCUUUACACCAUACAGAUUUAAAUUUUCUUCUUGAUUCCUCUGUUUUAUAGUCUGUUUGAGUAAACAUUGCAAAUUGGUUGACAUAGCAUGCAUAUAUGAAAUUCAGAAUUACAUGGUUAGACGAUAAAGAAACUUGCAUGGUGCUCAGUGUGGAAUGGCUGCAAUCAGACAAUCAGGAAAAUGUGUAUGACAGAAUAUCAGAAUAUAGUUCAUAUUGAAAGAAGCGAUAAAGGAGCAUUAUAGAUUUUGGAAUACAUACAUACAUGCCUAACACAAUGGGUUUUUAUCUAACUGUACUAAUGUCUCAGUCGCUGUCAUUACUCGAAGGGUGCAUUUUACUUACCUUUCAGCCUUCACUGCACCGGUCUACAGCCUGCUGGCAUGCCUUGACAUUCUCCGCUAAUCUGAUAUUUUCCCAUAGAAAUGCAUGAGAGGCAAAAUGCCACACGCCUAUCAGAUGGCCUUUAUGAGUACAUCGGAUUAAAAUAGCAAAGGUUCACACAGCUGUUUCGUCAGAAGCGCCUAUUGUGGUUGUUAGUGUGAUAACCACUAAAGGCAUUUAAAGCAAUGUAAACAUUGCUGUUCCUGUAGAACAGGAGUUGUAGGGUUAAAGCUAGAGGGGCAUGGCACCCAGACCACUUUACGUCCUGUAUUUGACAGGACAGUCCUUAUUUUCUGGUCCUGUCCUGUGUUCGUUCUACGGUGUCCCACUUUUGGGGACACUGGGGAACUGUCCCGGUAUUGAUAGCACAAGCGCAUUAAUAGAUACACUCAUGCUAUGAUUAGGACCCUGCAGGAAGAACUGAAACUGUGCUCUCUGCAGAGUCUGCCCUCAGUGGGCUGGCCUGCAUGAUGGACAUGCAGCCUGGUGUGUAUUCAUGCCAGGCUUGACCUGCCAUCAACUCUGGUGGACCCACCCCUUUUCAUGUGAGUCUGCCCUUUGAGCGCAGAGUUAGUGACGUGAAGAUUGCUGGGCUAACCAGCCCAUUGACCAUUUCAUUUAGUGCCAUCUAGGUUGUACGUACUUGAGAUUCGCAGGAUGCUGGAGUUAGGUCUGCUCAGCAGGACAAAUACAAUAAGCUGUAUUUGUUCUGGUAACUAUAGUGUCCCUUUUAAAUCACUCAUGUUUAUGUAGCACUGGUCACGUUUUCCCUGCAAGUGACCUACACUGUCUCUGAACACAUUUUUUGUAAAGACAGAUCUAUCGUUUAAACAUUACAUUUUAAAAUGUCUUAUCUCCUGCUCUGUUGAUAGCCUCCUGUGUGUGAUUAAAGGUACUCUCCAGUGCCAGGAAAACAAACCGUUUUCCUGGCACUGCAGGUCCCCUCUCCCUCCCACCACCCAUCCCAGGUUGCUGAAGGGGUUAAAACCCCUUCAGUGAGUUACCUGUAUCCAGCGCUGAUGUUGCUCGGCGCUGGUUCCGCCCACGCUCCUCCGGCGGGGUAGACCUAUUGCGCAUGCGUGGCCGGCAGCAGGGGAGACCUAAUGCGCAUGCGCGGCAAUGCCGCACACGCGUAUUAGACCUCCCCAUAGGAAAGCAUUGAAAAAUAUAUAAAAAAACUACAUAUACAGUCUAUAUUAAAUAGCAUUAAAUAUCGUAAUAUUGUGACAUGUUCCCUUUUUUGGAGUUCAGUCUAAAAGCACAAUGCCUGACACUAUGUUCUCCUGUUUUCUUGCAGAGACACCUUCAUGACUUGGAUUGCUGCUCGUAGCCAGGGUACACUGGCAUCUGUAAAAUAACCCAAGCUUCAGUGGACCCCCAGGAGAAAGACCCAUUAUUUUCAUGGACAAUAGAAAUCUGGAAGAUUUUAACAACUGCUCUGUACAUAUAAUUAUAUGUAAAGAAUGGACAAGGCGGCUGGGUUGGGAAAGAGGUCUAUUCCCUCUAAAUGGGGCUGGUUGUACAUUAAAAUAGAAGUAAUCGGUGGCUCCACUGUUGGCAUUUUCAUUGUGUGCUGGAAGACUUUGUUUUUCCCCAUUACAUAGACAAUGUAAGCCAGUACAAGUUUGUGCACCCAAGGAUGGCAGAUUAUUGAAAGGUUUGCAUCUUUUUUUUUUUUUGUUCUAAAUACAUCAUUUUUAAUUCGUGCACAAUUCAAAAGAGCUUUUCAACUGUACAAAUCUGUUGGUACCUACCUAUUGGUCAGUUCCACUCUAGGAGCAUUUUUCUUUGGGGGGAUGAAUCCAGAUGACUCAUUUAAAUUGGGUGAUUUAGAUCUUAUCUGCAGAUAUGAUGGGUGAAUUUAAUAAUGCCACAAAAUGUGAGGUUCCCUAUUCUUAGUAGAACAUUUUGUUUUUAAGCUACCCAAGACAAAUUAAUCUCAAUAAACAUACUUAUACAGUUUUGAUGAAGCGUCGUGUGUCCGAGAUGUCCUGGGCCUGAAGUAGAGAUUUGUUUUGUAAAUUUUAUUUUAAAUCCUAGAAUGGAUAUAUUUACGUAUUGGUCAACAGCUCCCAAUACAUCGUGAAUUACAAUUUCUUCCAUGUUAAACCGAAUACAAAUUAUGGUCCUCUAGGGAACUGCACCUUUAUUAUAAGUAAUAAUUACUUCUGGGUGUUGUCCCACCACUGUGCAAGGGCUUACUAACCAGUUCCUUACCAGAUAACUCAUUGUUUUAGGUGCCUCUGGCACCACAUCGGUUAAAGUAUUACUGAAGUGUUUACAAUGUUAUACUUUAUAAUAACUAAUAAAGGGUACAUAAAUUGAGUGACUGUUACCAGCUGAACUCAGCACUGUCUUGAAUACAAUUUUUCCUUUACAAGGCAGCAUCUGGAGAUUCUUCCUCUGUGUGAGAUUGACAACAUUCAUUUUGAUGUACUUUCCCAGGCCUGGCUGGCUUUGUGAUCAUGAAUAAAAGCCAAAUUUUAGAACAGCCGCUGAUUACUUGACUGUUUUAUAAUCUAUUCUUUGCACUUUUUGAUAGACCAGUAACUCUAAGUACAUAUUUUGUGGUUUUGGCUGUCAUUUGACAGCCAUGCUUGUCCUACUUUGAUAAUUACAUUGUAUUAGAAUCUACUCUCAAGUUAAAAACUUUCCCACACACUAGAACAGUUUCCAAACUUAAAGGGAAACCAAGCAAUAUAGCAGCGGUUGUGCUACACAGGUUUCCCUGUUGUGGUCAGAUCAAUUAAUCUAAGAACAGAUUAAUGUCAACUACCAUUUCAGCUACACAAUGUGGAAUAUAAAUUUCAGCAAUAUUAAUCUCAAGUACGUACAACCUAGAUGGCAGUCAAUGGGACUGUUAACUCAGUAAUCUUUGCCAAUCACGGUUAUCCAGCUUGGAUGAAAUUGAAUGAUUACCUGUGGAUCCUAGGCAGCAUAAGAAUUACCACACACUGUAGUUACGUUGCUUAUAGUGGUCCUUUAACUGUCAAGAUACUAUACACCAGGGGUUCUCAACGUUAGUCCUCAGGACCCCCUACCAGUCCAGGGUUUAGGGAUUACCUGGGUGUGUCUAAGGUGUUUAGAAAAAAAAAAAAAAAAACCUUAGAGUCUAAGGUGUUUUUUUCCCUUUUUCUAAACACCUGAGACACACCCAGGUAAUCCCCAAAUCCUGGACUGGUAGGGGGUCCUGAGGACUGGGUUGAGAACCCCUGCUAUACACUAAACUUGUGGAUAAGCUAAAAACCACCACUAGGUUCACUUGUAUGUCAGGAUUGUUGUGUGUGAACUAAAUACGUAUUGCUGCAGAGUUUCGCGGACUUUGCUUUCAAGGCCUAUAAUGUAUUACAGCAUACUUUAUUCCAGUUCAUAUGGCAUACUAGCUAAAUAUGAAAAAUAAAGUUAUUUUGGAU